GUGAAACUCUCGUGUAUGCCCACGACGUUGACAGACGAUAGUGUGAGUUGUUCCCGGCCGGUGAAGUGCAACCAAGUGUAAGUAUAUUUGAUCGUUUGCUGCUGCUCGAGUUUAGCAUAAUCGUAAAUAAGGUCAUCAUUAUAUUCAGUAUUAGCGGGCAAUAUGUUUAUGUAAACCAAUCGCUAUCUUCUCAAGAAUACCAGUUCUCGUGACAGAACUCACUUUGAGUAGUGAUCUGAUGUGGCCAACAAAUGCAGGAAUAAGGAAGUCACGUCAUGAAUGCUUAACGGAACUUAACAUUAGUAAACGCAUAUUGCGUAACGUUUGCAAAAAUUCAUCUUCGAUUAGAUUACUUCCAUCACCUCAAUACAAUCUAUAUAUUUACUUUGGAAUCAAUACAUCAGAUCAAGAGCGAUCGAUGCAUGAGAAGGCGGAAAAGAUUACGUUCAAAAGUUUAAAAAACACACAAAAAACGGCAAAUUUAAUUUAAUAUCACAAUAAAGAACUGUCGAAAAUUUAGGAAACAUUCUAAAAUAAUAAAUCGCCAGAAUAAUGAAUUGGUAGCGAGACAAACGAAUACAACACUCCAAACCGUUUUCCUCGAAAAGCAUUUCUCGGUAAUUCAAACACCAUUUGUAUUGGAACUUCCGUUUCUCGCAUUGUUUUGCGUAUCUCUAGACAGUUUGGAAGAUAGCAUUCUCCUUUAGAAUUUGAAUGAAAAAAUUAAUUCAUUUACAACAGAUGUAAGACUGACGGCUUGGCGUAAUCUUCAUCAUUCUGAUCAUUUUAUUUAAUGCAAUAUAUUGGGAUGACUUCGAGCAACGUGUCCUACUCAGACAACCUAGAAAUAAUAUUACAAACUAAUUCAUAUCUAAUUUCCAAAAUCUCUGUUUUGUAUGUAUUCAUUCUUGAUACCUGGUUUAGGCUGUCAGUAAAAAGGACUUUGUCGAUCAAAAACUUGAUUUGCGCUCCAGAUGUGUCGGUCUAUUUAGCUGUAAUUUUUUUAACAAUGCACAGUUUUUCUAAGAAAUGAAUACUGGAAUGCCAAGAAACGAACACCAUAACGUUGUCUGCCAUUUUCGCUCGAUUAUACUAAGGUAGUUACCUCUGAAAGUGCAACUUUCCAAAACAAUGCAUCAUAAGACCAUAAUUUAUCACUCCUCAGCAGUUUUAGUAAUGCAACUUUAUGCAAACUUUUAAAAUAUUUCUUAUGAAACUAAAAUAAAAAAUAGGACAUGAUACAUUCAAAUGACACACAUUAUUUUGUUAACAGUAUUAACAGUAUCCAUAUGUGAUUUAGUUUUAACUCAAACCCUUUCUUUUUUCAAAGAUAGUGUUUGUCUUUAAGAAUUUAAAGAUAUCUGAAAUAUUAUAAGCCCCUCUUAAAUACAUGAGAUAAAAAUUUUUUUGAAAACUUUGAUAUCUAUAAUUAAUUGGUAACAGGGCUUCAUGACUGUAUGACUUGUGAUUGACAAAUCAGACUACUGUUUUGCAGUUGUCCAAAAUAUUUAAUCACUUGUAUGAUUGCAGACAGAGUUUGACUCCUGACUUAGGGACCUGUCAUUGAAUAAUUAUAUAGAGGAGGGGAGGGAAAAAAGAAGGGGGGAGCAAGGCUAUUUCAGAUUGGUUAGAAGGGGGACUAAACUUUUUAUAAAGAAGUUAAGGAUGUGCAGCAGUUUGUGGUACAUUUUAAGAGUGGUCCAAUUUGCCCAAGGUGGGUAAAACAGUAAAAAAGGAGAGAGCAAACAAUAUAAGUGAGACAGUUCCAUUUUUAUGCAAAGUAAUCAUCUUACUGACUAUAUGUGACAUGACUUUUAAUAAUUACUAGCUGUGUAAGAGGAGAUAUGAGGUGACAGGGGGUCACAACCUAAAUAUUAGGGGGCUCUAUUUACAUGGCCUAUAGGGGGAGGGAGCUUACAGAAAUUUUGAUCUUUCCAGCAUUUGUUUCCUAAAAUUAAUAAUGACCUGUCCCUUAACUAGUCAUUAACAAACUUGCUCAGCUAUAUAGGACAGUGCCAGGGUUAAUUCUGCAGUGAAUAAUCCAGCAAACUACCUACAAUUAAAACUCUGUAAGAAAAAUAAGCAAGGGUAACUUUAAUGUGGGUAGAUCUUUAUGAUAGUUAAUGAUUUUUUUUUCAGUUCAUUUUUACAUAAUUUAUAAGGUAUAACCUUGCAGAUGAGAAGAAUUUGUAGCUUUAAUUGGAAUCCAUUGUUUGUAGUACAUUGUGCUGUACCAUUACAAAAUAAUAUGGUUAUUAAACAACUUUUAUUUGUACAUGGUUUGUCAAAAAAUAAAGUAAUAGCAAAAGUAACACUUGUUAACAAUAGAAAAGGUCUUCUCUUACUAAUGAUUCCUAUUAGGCUCCUUAAUUUUCCCUAAACCUGACUAUUAGAGUGGCUGCAAUGAUUUGCCAUUGCAACUUAUUCAGAAUUAAUUUUAACUCUGAUUGAACAGGGUAAUCAGGGAUUUGCUUCAGCAUUUAGACCCAAUUGUACGAGUAUGGUUCAUACUCUCUGAGAUUCUUUGAUAAAAGUCAAUGGGGAAGGUGUAAGGACAUUACAACUAUAUCUGAGCUUGGAGCCCAGGGUUGAGAAGAAAGACUACUUUGAUGCAAUAAAUAUUUAUUUUGUCUUUUUAUCUCAUGAAUGCUACAUCUGAUUUCAAUCUUUCAUCCUAAAGAAAUUUGAGAGAUGUUUUGUUUCCCUAUAGGGACCCCCAAGAUAUUUUUGAUCUGGCCUCUUUGCUCUGCACCUCCAUGAGAUAUUAAAUCUCUUUACAUAAUGGAAGAAACUAGUGCUUUGACUUCACGUUUCACAAGAGAGGAAUCUUUUGAGGAAAAGAAGGUGAGAGUUGGCAUUUCUGAUCUAAAUGUCUACCAGAAGGCUAAUAUAAUCCCUCUAAUGUUGGUUGUGAGCAACUGCAUGGCCAAUUUAGGAUUUGUGAAGCAUCUUUCAAAAUCUGUUCACUCCUUUAUUUGCCAAGCUCAGCGCAGUGUCUAGUUUCCAGGCCUCCUCUGAUCCUAGCAACCUAACAAAGUUAAUAACCAAAUUGAAUGAUAUCAGAUUAACUUGUCAAAUCUCACAAAACCUUACCAGAUACCACUUAACUAACAAAUUCAGCCAAGUUGACCCAGAUUACCAACCUUAAAUUACCUGAACUUCAUCAUCACUAUUACAUUUAUCAACUUUCCCCAAACCUGUGCAUCAUCAUGUGAUGGUUAUUAUAAUGUUGCCGACAGUGGCACCCAUGUAACCUGACCAACUGUUCAUGAACCAUAUCUACCUGGCAACUUUAGAACCUGUCAUCAACUAUUGACAAUAGACUCUACCAACUUCACCUUCACCUCACAAAACCUUCACCCUUAAAUCAAUUUCACCCAUCCCAGGAACAACAUCAACCUCACAGAAAUCACUAUGACCAAAGUCACUGUGUUACUGUAAAUUCCUGUGAUAUGAAUAAAAUGAAUAAAUAAAUGUUGGUCGUGUGUUAAUUUUCUAUAAAUUUAUAACAAGAUCGACAAAGUGUGAAUUCUGGGUGAAGACUUGACCGACUCUUUUCUUUUGUAGGGCCUGGCGGAAGAAAAAUGCACCGGACAAGAUGACAACAAUGACAUGGUAACUGCCGAUUCUAACAACGAAGAGGUGUGAAAAAGUAUCAUAUGUUUUAAUCAAUCAAUCAGUGAAGGGAGGUCUUUAUUUACGGUUUUUAAUGUAUCGAUCAAUUCGAAGUUUAAUAUCCCUUUCCCAGGCAUUUGAACUUUUGAAAAUCCCCCCCUCGGGGCAAAAUUGUGUUUAAAUGCCCGACCCAAUUUUUUUGCAAAACUGACCAAGCAUAAAGCCUAGACCUUGCAGACCCUUUUUUAGCCAUUCGCACGCGAAAGUAAAUUAUUUACCCUUGGCAUCUCCAUAUUUAAAGAUAGAGCACUUGUAUUCCGCUGGAAAGACUGGACACUACCGGUUCUGAUUCUCUUUAAUUCCCCAUUCCCAGCCAACAAGCAAGGUUCAAAUGGUCGUCACUGGGUUGCCCGUGGGUGGGGUGGGGGGGAAGGGAAGGGGGAAGGGGAAGGGGAAGGGGAAGGGGGGAAGGCGGCUUCGAAACUAUCGACGCUUGCAGACGUGAAAACUUUCUUAAGUCUUUUCAUGAAUAACACUAGAAAACACUAAAACACUAGAAAAUAUGAAAUAUAUAUUUAGAAAUUCAAAGAGACCCAAAAGAUUUCUUUUCACAAAGUAUUUCUGUGAAGACUACAACAAAAGAAACGGCUGUACUGGAGUGAUUACAUCAGGAGAGAAUUUUGUCUGUGUGCUUUUUAGCAGUGACGGAAUUUUAAAAUAAUGUGACAUUCUAAGAUUUUUUUGAAUCCAAACACGAGUUAGCGCUGGCGUGACACGGAUUUUUGUUGUUAUUGUUGUUGGUGGUUUUUUUGGUUUGGUUAAUUGUUCGUAGAAACGAUGGUGUCAUUUUUGCCAAAAAGAGUGCCAAACCCAGUUCAAACUUAUUAGAUGUGGCGUAAACUUUCCAACUGAUUUAGUUCAAUACUUCAAAUCUUUUUCGUCAGGUCUGAUUCACUGUUAAAAACACGAACACACACCUUCCCUUUUGAACGACGCAAGCCAUUUAUGUAAUUUUUAAAUUGUAGGAAACUAAGGACGACAACUUAAGAUCUCUUAAAAACAGUCAUCUUGAGGGGAUAAGUCUACAGACAGGACCAAUUGAGGAUGAGAAGGGUUUUGAUCAACGUGAAAAUGCAUCGAAACAAUUUAAUGAGGUAAAUAUUGAUGACGCUUUUAUCCAGGUGCCCUGCUAUCCUUGUGCCUGGUUCUAAUGAUAUUAUGUACGUAGGAAAGAACUGAUUACGAUUGGCUAUUUGUUCUCACUUAUGUUAGAUUCAUUUACCCGCAGAGGCUAACAGCCCACUUGAUUAAAAUGUCUUCAAAACAUCGCCGGACACAUUUCAGUAUUUCGUAACUGUUGCACCCAGCUAAGUUUAUUUUUACCAACAUUUAAUACUGCAAACUCUGAUUUGAUCCUUUACACUCCAACAUCAUCAUGCAUAUUCUCUAUACUGUUUUCUUGAUAUUUCCUAGGUUCUAGCUGUCAACCGCUUACAAACAGCACUUGGCUUAAGAAAAGGAACAGAAAAAGAGGAAGUCAAAAUUAAGAGCACGCCCUCUAGUGUAGUUGCCUCUUCAAAAACCGAAGUGGUCGCUGACACAAGUUCUUCUGAGAUUCCAACCCGGUUCGAAAGUGAUAGUCUUGAGGGAAGGUACAUUAUGAAGCUUGAAAGAAGAUUAGCGUACCUUGAAAACUUGAUACCUCAGUGCCACAUACGUCAUGAAGAAGAUGCAAUAUUCAAGCAAAAGUUGCAGGAGAAAAUCCACAAGCUCGAAUUGCAACUAGAGGAAGAAGAAAUCUUCAAACAAAAAUUGCAGAAGGAGAUAGAUCAGCUUGCAUCACAUCUACAAGAAAGGGAUCAUUACAGACAGAACGAUCAGAAGACCACUAGGCAAGGUGGAAAAAUAGCCCAACUUCGGAAGACGCCAGAAAACGAAAUGACCCAGUGCCACUCACAGUUGAAAGGUAUGGGUGAAAUUAAGGCGGUGGACGAGGAUCAUUUGCAGGACCACGCGCAGUUAAAAGAAGCAGAUAGCGGUGGCGAGAAAACGGAGAAGAAGGUGGCCAAGGACAGUUAUUCAUAUUCGAAAGAAUCGUGUUGUAGUAAAGAGAGGGUGGAGGUAACGGCUGCCGAGCUCCAGCAGGUAAAAGAAGUGCAUCGUCCAAAAGAGAACAUAGACGCAGAGAGAAAAACCGAUAGACGUUUUGAGACAAUAGAGAGGAAGGUAGGCGAGCUCGCUUUACAGUUGGAUGAGCUGAAUUUUCGUCAAGAGGAGAGAGAGAAGACAAUGGCCCAGCUCCAUUCAAAGGUAAAAGAAAAAGAUUAUCCAAAGGAGAACAUAGAGCGAGAAAUGCAAAGCGCAAAGGAACUGUUAAAAGAAAUUGAUAAACGUGUUGAGGGAAACGAGAUGAAGGUGGCCGAAUACGCUUUACAGUUGGAUAAGAUGAGUUCUCGUAUGGAGGAGAUAGAGAAAACUAAUGCCCAGUUCCAUUCACAGAUGUUAAAAGAAACGAAUCAUCAACUGGAGAAGAUGGAGAAGGAAAAGGAUUUAAAAGAGCUGAUGAAAGGAAUUUGUCAACGCACCGAGAAAGUUGAAAAGAAACAGGCCGGCCAAGGUUCCCGACUGAAACACAUGGGCUCUCGCGAAGAGCGGAUGGAGACGGCAAUUGAUCAGUUCCAUUUGAAGUUGGAAGAAUUGCGAAGAUUCCUGGAGGAAAAAAUGAAGAAUGAAAUGCGAGAUGUAGUUGAUGAAGUCAAGAACCAACGCGUAGUCCUCUCCACUCAUGAAGAAAAUAUAUUGCUUCUUCGCCGUGCUCUUGGUGACCUAAAUCAAAUGUUUCAACGUGGUUUGAACCAUUUGAAAAGGCGAGUUGAUACCUUUCUCGUGAGUAAUGGUCCAGCAGUACCCGAUGGGCUUGGAUAA